AUGAUGCUGGACAUCCUUUGGCCUAUUUAUCAACACAAACGAGUGCUCGCUUUCACCCAGAGGCCAUUCUCCUUUGCCGCCGAACAUGGCAAUUUUAAGAUCGUCGUGCUUUUCCUCGAGACCGGCCGCAUAGACAUAAAUUGGCAGAACGGAAUCCAACGUACAUCCCUGUUUCUUGCAGCGAUGAGGGGACAUACGACAAUCGUCGCGCUUCUUCUCGCUACAGGCAAGGUCGAUCCGGAUAAGGCCGAUAUAUACGGGGAGACGCCUCUAUUUGUUGCAGCUAAGCGGGGGUAUGUAGGAGUCAGGAGGGCCCUUCUCGUGACAGGAAAGGUUAAUCCGAAGGCUGAAAGUUUCGGCGGUCAUACACCUCUGACAAUUGCAGUUAAGGGAGGCUAUACGGAGGCCUUCGAGCUUCUUCUUGCUUUGGAGAAUGGAUAUCCGAGCAUGGAAGAUGAAACCAGCUACAGGAGUAAGCUUCUCCUGGCUGCAGCUGAGGGAGGUUAUACAAAUAUCGUUGAGCAUCUUCUUGCUACAGGCAAGGUCUAUGUGUGGUUCCUAGAUAGCCCUAUCCCCUUGUCUACGCCUUUAUUUAUCGCAGCUCUGCGGGGACAUACUAGCCUUGUCGAGCUUCUCCUGAAUUUAAAUGUUGUGCGCGCAUUCGACCGUAAAAGACACGGUCGUUCGGCUUUCUUCGUUGCAGCUAUGAAGGGCCAUGCGCUAAUCGUCGAGCUAAUGCUUGCUACAGGUAUAGCUGAUAUAAAUGAGCGAGAUGAUCACGGAAUUACGCCUCUCCAUGCUGCAAUCGCCGGGGGACACGAGCAGGUCGUGGAGCUUUUCCUGGAUACGGGAAGGGCUUGCUUGACUUUCACGAGCACUCUGGACUAA